AUGGGUUAUGCUUCUCAAACUGAUGCGAUCUGCAUCAAGUUUACCGAGCUAGGCCUCACGGCCAAUGCACUCGAUGUUGUGGAUGAAGGCAUUCCAUCCUUGCACCAAGGCCUUUCCGUCUCGAACACGGUUGCCGUUGUGCCACCGAUGCUUGAAUAA